GCUUCCUUGUAGAGUGGAGGGAGGCGGCUUUAGGAGAAGUCGCAGGGAGGAAGUGAAGCGCCUCAUACACUGGGUACACGGCGGAGAGUUGGUGCCGGGAACUUGUGGUAUGAGCGGUGGGGAUCGCUGCCCUUUCUCUGAAGGAUGACUAUACUUGCGGAGCUGUGGAGGAGACUUCCUCUGGCCGCUGGCUACCAGGCAAGACAUGUAAGACAUAGGUUGCAGCUGUGCACUGGGGUAUUCUACAGCACACAACCGCCCUCUAGUGAUGUGAUCAUUCAGUACAAUCAUGGGCUCCCUGUUGUAACGCUCACACUACCAUCUCGAAAUGAACGUUGCCAAUUCACCAUUAAGCCCAUGAGCACAACAGUGGGACAGUUUUUAAAGGACAUCCAAAAGGAAGACCAAGGAAUUGACAAACUAGUAGCCAUAUCAACAGAUGGAACAAAGUUUUCUUCCGCCACACUGAUGAAUGACUUACUAAAGGAUAAUUUUCAGCUUGUUAUAAACAAAUCAACACAUCAUGUCAGGCCACCUCCCAUCGAAAAUCUGCAGACUGAGUGCUCUGAACAACUGGACCCAACUAAAUGUAUGGUUCAAGACUUGCAUACGGUUUUCUAUUACGAAGAACACCUGCUCCGGAAAGAGCAGCAGAUUAUCCAAAGGUUGGAGAACCUGAAGGAAGAGUUGCAACCAUUGGAGGAGAUUAAGAGGAGUAUAAUGGCUGUAGCAGAGGCCAGAACUGCACGUCUCAAGUGGGUUGGGUUGGCAUACCUUUCUACACAGGGUGGGGCUCUGGCUUGGUUGACCUGGUGGGUCUACUCUUGGGAUAUCAUGGAACCUGUAACUUACUUCAUUACGUAUGGAAGUGCCAUUGCUUUCUAUGCCUACUUCCUUCUAACCAAAGUGGACUAUGUUUAUCCAGAAAUCAGUGACCGUCAGUUCCUACAUUUCUUCUACAGAAAAGCCAAAGUGAGGUCAUUUGAUAUUGAAAAGUACAACAGAUUAAAAUAUGAGUUUGCAGAGAUUGAAGAAAGCUUAAGGCGGCUGAGAAAUCCUAUACAACUGAAGUUACCCAUUGAACAACUACGUGAGGGACAAUAGAUUUACAUUUUUAUGCAGUAUAGAUCAUUUUUCAUGCUUUAAAUAGUUUUGUAAAAUUAACAUUCUUUUGAUCACUUCUUUCAAAGACUACAAUAAAACAUGUAUGACUGGAGGUAGACUUAUUUUUGUAUUGCCAUUCUUAAUCUAAAAAACACAACUACAAAUAGAUUUGAUCUAAGCCGAUAUGUACAUUACUGUAUAUUGUUCUAUACUAUACGGUCCCCUCUAAUGUACUCAGCAGGCAGGACCAGAUCUGGACUGUUUGCCAGUAAUACACACACAAACUAACUCUCUUAGUUGCAAUGACAUAUUCCUAAUGGGAUGAUUUACACAGUACUCUACUAUAGAUGGCAUGUGGGGGGAGAAGGGGUUACUGAUGCACUGCUAUAACAAGGUGAUAUGUCAGUAGAAAUGAAAGAAACAGCAGCAGCACAGCAAGAUGGGUUACACUAAACACUGAACUGCUACUGAGAUAUGAAGGAAGCCUUGAUAUUUUGGACAGUGCACAUCUUUUGGAUGAUAGAGAAAGCCUCAGCUUGCAUGCAUACAACUCAGGGUCUUUUUUUUUACAAUUGGAAAGCUGAGUCCCGGCAGGGACAAGAGAACUCUCUGCUCCCUGUCCUGCUGCUCAGCCUUGUUGUGUGGUGCUAGCGCUGCAUGCUUCCAUAGUAAUCAGACCCUACCAAAGGCGCCCAGAGCAGCACAGCAGCCAGGACAGUGUAUUUCCAGGAGGACAUGUUAUUUAAGGUCAGUAUUCCCCAAUCUAUGCCUCUCCAGAUGGUGGAUAACUACAACUCACAUCAUGACCUUCUGUUGUGGCAUGAUGGUAGUUGGAGUUUUGCAACAUCUUGAGAGCCAUAGAUUGGAAAACAAUGUUUCCUGGUUAGAUUGCACAGAUGAUUAGGGACAUGGUGGCACAGAUGGUUGGGGCAUGGUUCAUUAGGUGCAUGGUGGUACAAUGUGAUACAAACUGGCUGCACAGUACAUUAGGGGCAUGGUAGUGCAGAUCAAUGAAGUAUAGUGGCACAGAUAUUUGGGGCACUUAAACAUUUAUUGAUAUGUGUUGCAUGUAAAUGUUCCACAGUAAUAGAUUACUCAGCAAUUAGACCAGAUAUUUUCAUAGUGAAAAAAUUAGUGCGGCCCAUGCACAUACAUUUCUGAUAUUGUGGACCACUGUAGAAAAAACUUGGACACCCCUACUCUAGGGGACAAUUACAAGCUAGCAUUGAUCAUUUAGAUCAUCAUUUUGUUGUUAUCUAAGGCAGACUGUACCAGCAGAAUUAUUAUGCAGGUAUAGAGACCUAGUAAAGGUGAUCAGUGUGUUUGUGUGGGGUCCCUGGGGGGGCACUUGGCUUUAAAAUGUCACAGUCACUAUAGAUCACUGCAUUUAAAUGGGUUCAUGAACAACAUCAGUGCCAUAGUUUUUGUCAGUAAUUGAUGGUGAGUGUCAGCUGCUAAUAGCAGCCAGCACCAACUAUUUAUAAAGUGAGCUUAGCUUUAUUGUCUUUGCUGCAUUGUCUGUAAAAGGUAUCUGCUUUAAAAAAUGAAUAGGGUAAGGAUUAAUUAUUUGGAAAAUUGAGUUAUAAAUAUCUUACAGAUCACAUAGGCUAUCACGUUGAGGGAAGGUUUUUAAAAAGACGGUGACCAUUUAAGGCCCAUUUACAAAUGGUGAUCAUUGCAAAAAUUAAAAGCAUUGUGUAGAAAUUUUAAAUAUAGGGAGACUAAAUGAUUUGUCUUAAUUAUGCCUGUAAAUUGAUCUUAGAAAAUAAAAUGUAAUAAAAACUUGUUGAAACGAAAUGUUGCCUCCCGAGUUUG